AUGUUUAGUGCAAAGCUAAGGUUGUGUCUUCCUCAAGAACAACUAUGCUCCAGGGUCAAGUCACUGAUUCUAGAGCUUGGUCUUAGCCAUAUUGCUAGGACUAGAACUGGAGAUGACAGGGUCCGUGGCAUAUCUGGUGGGCUUGACAGUACAUCAGCUUUGCAAAUAAUUGAUAUGCUUAAACUCAUGGCAGAAUCUAGGGGACAAACUAUAACCCUAAGUAUCCACCAACCCGGGUACAGAAUAGUUAAGUUGUUCAACACAAUACUGUUAUUGGCUAAUGGUAUUGUGUUGCACCAUGGCACUGUGGAUUUGCUGGGUGUAAAUCUAAGGCUAGUGGGUUUAGAGCUUCCUCUUCAUGUCAGUGUGGUUAAGUUUGCCAUUGAUUCCAUUGAGACCAUUCAGCAACAACAAAAAUGUCAGCAGUUUAUGCUAGAAUCGCCGUGGCGAUUACCAAGGACAAUGCAACAGAAGAAAUGUGGUGAGAGUGGAAGUGGUAAGUUUACUUUGCAACAGCUCUUUCAACAAUCCAAGGUAAUUGAUGUAGAAAUCAUUAGUAUAGGAAUGGAUAUCACUUGUGAUUUUGCUAAUUCUGGAUUGAGAGAAACUAUGAUUCUCAUUCAUAGAUUCUCUAAAAACAUCCUUCGCACAAAGGAACUCUUUGCAUACAGGUCAAUUCAAAUGUUGGUUUCUGGACUGGUUUUGGGAUCAGUCUUUUGUAAUCUCAAGGAUGGUCUAGUGGGAGCAGAAGAAAGAGUGGGUCUAUUUGCUUUCAUUUUAACGUUUAUGUUAUCAAGCACCACCGAAGCUCUACCAAUUUUUCUGCAAGAAAGGGAUAUUCUAAUGAAAGAAACCUCUAGUGGAAGUUACAGAGUUUCAUCCUAUACUAUUGCGAAUGGCCUAGUUUACCUACCAUUUUUGCUCAUACUAGCUAUUUUAUUCGCAAUGCCUUUGUACUGA